AUGCGGCACGUCAAAACUGACAUCCCCUACGCUUGGUUCUGGCACGGCAAACCUCUUCGAAAAGGUCAUGAAAGGGGCGAACACAUCGUCCCCGUCCAGCUAGUAUCUCAAAAUCAUGAUCUCCAAGAUCACUCUUAUCAUUCAUCUACAGACCCUUCUCCCAUGAAGAAACCCAAUCAUCCUCAACGCAAAUGCGGAUGCGGAUGCGAAUCCUACGAGCAAAGACCACCAUCACCACCGAUCACUACAGUAUUCGACAACAACCCAGCCCAGAGUAACUAUCUAGGCUGUGGCUCAUACACCUGCGUGGAUUGUGAAACAAAUCUACCUCCAUCAGUGAAAAGGUUUUCCUGCAACGCAUGUAUCACGCCCCCUCCUCCUCCCCCGACAGCAACAUUCAGCCAUGAAUACAUGGCGCCGAUGCCGACGCCCCGUUCAUCCAGAACAACCACACCAGCUGAGCACUGCAACAAUGAAUGUGCGGCGUCAAGCUCCCGGACAGUUUACUGCUUGUCCUGUCUGGAUUAUCAUCAUGAGUGUCAGUAUUUGGCUGCUGUUCCGAUGAGUAGUGGCCAGCAACCGGUUGAGGCACUUCCAUCUCGGGCUGCGCCAACUGCAGACCCGAUGCAUGGAUUUGCGCCUCACAAUAAGAUGACUCAGGUAAAGUGUACUUGUCCAAGCUGUAUGGCUGCGUCUGUACCGGAGGUUGAGAAUCGGCAUCAGGGCUGUUGCCAUUCGGAAGAUUCUCGGUUUCAGAAGCAUGUUGCUCCUACUGUGUCUGAGGGUACUGCUUCUUUGGCUUCGGUUGAUUUGGCCGGGAAUUGUACACGUUGCUAG